CGGUCCAGCUUUUUCGAGCACCUUCGUCAUCCAAAGUCGACUUUUUAUCGACUUUGAUGCCCAAUCCUCCCGGGGGUAUAAACACCAAAUCUUGACAUGUUCUCUCAAAGAAGACGGCUUUCUUCUCCUCUUCCCACCGACCACAUACCAAGGUGACAGGUGUCACUUCCUCCAGCGUCACGACACAGGCGCCAUUGAUUAUUCCGAGAAAAGAAUCAAAAAACUGAAGCAUCAUACAAAAUACACCGUCGAGUCGUGUUCGGGGUCGACCAGAUUUCACGACGACAUUUGCAACAAUAAUAUACGAUAAUUUCAUCCCACGGCUUCGUCGCGACGACAUCGCAACAGGCAGGAAAGAUGAGUUACGGGUCACCUUAUGGUACACCUCUUCGAGGUGGUGAUGCGGGUCACUUUUACGACGUACAUAGCCCCUCACCAACACCUUCACCACGUCACUACCCAUUUUACCCAGCUCAGACCCCCCAGCGAUCAGCUACUCGAGCUUCUCACGUUCGCAACGCAAGCACCGGCUAUCCCGAUUACCGGCCGUCGACCGCCUUCUCUCCCCGAUACACGAGCACCGGCGAAUAUGCCACCGGCCCAAGCCCGAAUGUGAGUUCGCGAAAGCACAGUUUCUCAAUGGGGUCGCAUCAAAUGCCCAGGCGCGAGCGUCGGAGCUCCUUCUCAUACCAUCGGGCCUCUCAUGGGGACUCCGACGAGGACGAGAUCUUCGAGAUUGAUGGGGUCAGAUGCGUGUUGAUUGCGGAGUCCAAGAGUCGCAAGCGCAGAGAUUCUUUCUAUGCUGCUCCGGGACAUGGCACUGAUCACUACUACCGUUCGCAGGGCAUGCCGUCGUCGUUUUACGAGAAAGAGAGAGCCGACUACCCGCGUUACGAAGAGCCUCCCGCACGCUCCGCCACAAGGAUUGGCCACCACACCCGCCGUCCUUCAGCUACCGCUGUACCUAUUCAGCGCCCCGCCACCACGCGCCCAUCUAGCUCUCACAAGAAGAAGCCUGCACCUAGCGGGCCCAGAAAGGCUACAGAAGCAGAUGCAAAGAAGCAUCGUAUCCCCCCUGGAUACUCUCUCAAGAACUGGGAUCCCGCUGAGGAACCCAUCAUGCUACUAGGGAGUGUCUUUGACUCAAACUCUUUGGGGAAGUGGAUCUAUGACUGGACCGUCCACUUCCAUGGCGCAGCCACUCCCAUAUCGGACGUGGCCGGCGAACUAUGGGUUCUCCUCAUCCAACUCUCGGGCAAAAUAAAACGCGCCGAGGAAGUUGUGCCAGAGGUUAGAACUACUGCCAACAAGGAAAUGAUUGAGGACUUUAUUGAAUCUGGUGAACGCCUCACCGAUAAGCUCCGCGCUCUGCUAAAGAAGUGCGAGGCGCCCAUGCUAAGGUCCAGCAAGGCAAAGGAGGCAUCCCACCUCGGACAGAACGCCGGCGUAGAAUUCGUGAAGACUAUCUUUGGCCGCGAACGUGAGCUUGAGCGUACCGAGGGAUUCAUGCAGGCAGUCCGCCUUUGGAAUUUGCGAUUCGAUGCAAACUGUGAGGACAUCCUUAAGAGGCCCAAGCAAUAAAUGGAUGGAUUUUUAUUUCUUUCCAAGUUGUUUAUCC